AUGAUGCACGGUGGGUUGGGGGCUAGGGCCUAUGGUCACGGCAGCGCUUCGCCAGGCUUCGACGGUGGUUCUGCGCCUACCAUGGCAGUUCCAAUUCCGUAUAUAACACCAACCGCUUUCCGGUUCAUGACUGUGGUUGCAGCAACCCUUGUCGCACUGGCAAGCGGAACUAACUAUGUCUAUUCCGCAUGGGCGCCGCAAUUCGCAGAUCGGCUGAAACUCACCUCGACUGAUGGGAAUAUGAUUGGUGCUGCGGGAAAUGUAGGUUUAUACGCAGUUGGUAUCCCUAUCGGAUACAUGGUGGACACCAGAGGCACCAGACCAGCUACUCUAAUUGGAGCAAUCGCUUUAUUCUGUGGCUAUUUUCCAAUCCACCUAGCCUAUGCUGCUGGUGCUGGCUCACUGAACGUGGUGUUCCUAUGUUUCUUCUCCUUCCUUUCGGGCGUGGGAAGUUGUGCUGCCUUCGCAGCGGCUAUCAAGACAGCCGCGAGCAACUUUCCAGACCACCGGGGCUCUGCGACUGCAUUCCCCCUCGCAGCCUUUGGCCUUAGUGCCUUUGGCUUCUCGGCAAUAUCAGCCAUGGCGUUCAAGGAUGAUACCUCUGAGUUUCUUUUACUACUUGCCGUGUGUCCUUCCUCCAUGAUAUUGGCCUGCGCGUAUUUUCUACAAAUACUGCCUCCUCCACCGUCUUACUUUGCUGUUUCGAAUGGUGAAUAUCCCGAGUCAAACUUGUUGCAAAGAACUAAACCGGCUGAAAAUAUCCAAGUGGCUUCUGAGACCGAUUCGAACCGUGCAAUUGCGUCUUCCUCCUGUGCGCAAGUUACUGCCAUGUUACCCAGUGAAACCCAUACCAGACCUAUUCCUCCUGAUGCCGAGGCAGAUGAAACGUCGUCUCUGAUGAGUAGAGCCAGAUCGUUAAGUGAUAGCGGCAGCUUUUCCCAGAAUGAUUAUGCGAAACCCAAGGUUGGUGACCCUGCGAGCACCGAUAUCCGUGGAAUGCGGCUCCUUCCCACGCCGGAGUUUUGGCAGUUAUUUCUGCUGCUUGGUAUCUCCACGGGCAUUGGGCUGAUGACUAUUAACAAUAUUGGUAACGAUGUCAUGGCAUUAUGGCGACACGUUGAUCCCAACGUCGAUUCGCAUUUCCUUCGAGAGAGACAAGCUUUACAUGUCUCGGUAUUCUCCGUGAUAAGUUUCACUGGGCGCCUUCUAAGCGUGUCUCAUACAUUCGGCAUAUCAGGUUUUUCUCAAAACUGGGGUGUCAUGACCCUCGCCGCCGCCAUUUUCGGCCAUAUAUUCAAUUAUAUGUAUGGUGCUAUAUAUGACAGUCACUCGAAAGUAUUACCGGAUGGCAAACGGCAAUGCGAUAUGGGUCUAGAGUGCUACUCAACGGCCUAUUUAGUGGCAUUCUACGCGUCUAUUUUCUGUGCAGUAUUAACAUUAAUAGGUGUUUACCUUGAUAGGCGAGGGCGGCAUCCGAGUAGGCCUGCUGACGACGACGAGACUCCGGAAUCAGAUGCAUAG